CUAACAGAAACAACAUGGCGGAUUUCUCAGACUUGCAAUUCUCUCUCUAAAGUUCUUCGUACAACUCCUGAAUUUAACGCAUAUCUCAUACAAAAUGUUUGGUGACAAGGCACUUGAACUUGUAAAGGAGCUUAAAAGAUCCAUGGAUGGCACUUUACCUCCUUAUAACGUAAGAUUUUUGUUGGACUCUUGAUGAAAAAUUUUUGGCGGGAAUUUGUGCUGUAGCGGCGAGCUUGAAAUGUUGUGGGUCAAUUUAAUGUUAUUCUUAAUUCAACUUUUAAUUUAUUUUCAAAGGUAAUUUAAUAUCCAUUCACCCAUCAGCUGCUAUACACAAUCUAAAUGGAUUAAAAUUUGAACUAUUACUCAAUAAUUGUGUGGCUCCAACUGAAAAAAUAUCCAUACUCCACCCUCCCACCUCCCACCCCAGCGGAGGGUCAUUGGAAAUUCCUGUGCGGGAGAGGGGUCGUAAAUGACAAAAUGUUUAAAGGAAAGUACGAGGCAAAAAAGUUUGCAUUGGGGCAUGUGUGAAGGGGGGGGGGGAGGGAAUCAAAAUUCCUCCAUGUAGGGAGUAUGGCCAUUUUCUGGAACAGCACAUUGCUUAUAAAGUUUACUGACUUGAUUAUAUUAAGCAUGCCAUUUUAUAUUGUUAUUUGAAGGAAGAUCUAGUCAGGCAGGUCUUAGAGGAGAUGAAGAUUUUGUUUGAACAAAACCAGAAGGAAGUGUAAGUUCAGUGACUAGCUUUGUACUAGCUUUGUGUAAUUUUUAAAUUUUAAAUUUUAAAAUUUGAAGGAAAACCCAUGGGGGAGUGGGCGGUACGAGGGGUGCCCUAGCUCCAGAGAUCCAUUCUUAAAAUAUUGCUCUUGAGGCUUUGUGCCUCGCUGUUGCGGUUUUGCUUUGAACUAUCAGGAAAAAGGAAAGAAAACCUCUGGCACCCAGUGAAUACAAGCAGGGUAUUGGGGGGGGGGGGUUACUCCGUGACUGUGCAGGUGAGAAGGGCCACUGGGACUUGUACCCUUAUCCUAUAAGACUUAGGUCACCUGCAUUUUGCAAGCACCUAAAUGCCUACCCUGUCCCUGUCACCAAUUUUCCAGGGGCCACAGCGAGUAUUAAAAACACUAUUGAAUGGUAAAUGUACGAGAUGAACAGGGACUUGGCCUUAGGUAGCAACACCAUGGGCUCAGAUUGCUAGUUUCAACUCAAAAAUGUUUGUACUUUUUUCCAACUCAACCAUACCUGUCAAAUUAUUGUUUUAUUUUUAAGAGCUCUGACAGUUGAAGGAGAAACUGGUUUGUUUUCUGGGGUUCAUUUGAGGCAUGCUAGCUUAGAGAGAAACAAAAGAUGCCUACUCUCCUAUAUGUGAGUUGAGAACAUGGGAAGUUCAUGUUUUAUUUUAUAUUUCAGUCUGUAGGGUUUUUUAGUCUUUGUUUAAAGGUCAUUACACAAAGUGUGCUAUAUUCCUUUCUAUGCUCACCUGUUUCUGCUUUUGCUGUUAAAAGGUGUUAAUGAAAAUGGUAAAAAUAUUCCAGCAUGUCUGUCUUGAAGUGAGAAAAUUUCUCCUGGUUUGUUUUUCACCUCAGGCAUUGCAUGUUGUCCCUUUUUUACCAGGUUACUUAAAUUCUGGUAAUAAUAUUAUGUUUCAAUUAUUUUGAAUGAACUCUGACAGCUAUAACAGGAUGCUGAGGAUAAAGAAUCUGCGGUGGGAGUUUGGAACUGUUUUACCCGAGGAAAUCAAGUAUAAUUUAUGUGAACAAGAGGUAAAAGAAGUGAAAAAUAAUAUGGUUUUAACUGUUUUGUACAAGAUUCUUGGUUGGUGUGUUAUACACCAAUGAAGUGUGAUUUUUUGAAACAUCUAGUAGAGUUUAAGGUUCUUUGCAUGCUCAUGGACUUAGUCAAAGAUCGACUCCGUUGGGACAGAUCAUACUUAACUCUUUGCGGCCACUCUUUGCAUUAACAAACAACAUUUCUACCCAUGUGAAUAAAUAGAGGGUGUUUUGUUAGAAUUGUUUUCUAAUGUUAUUAUUAACGUGUGUUUCUUUUUGUAUUGAUAUACAGAUUCAGUGGUUUACAAAAUACAAUAAAUCCCUUGCAACGUACAUGAGAACUGUUGGUCUGGAUCUCACGCAGGUAAUUACAAUAAUCAUGGCAUGUCUAGUUAAAGGCUGUGGAGUGUUAAAAAAGAGUCUUUUUUCCUGUGCAGUCCAUAAAUGCAUCUAGAAGCUUCCUGCCAGGUCAAAUAUAGAACUAUGUAAAUUGCUGCAAAAAAGGUUUCAUUGAAUAAAUUUUCAUGCGCACAUUCGUCCUCAAUAUUUCUCCUUUUCACCCUAGAAAAAUCAGUGCUUGCUACGCAGGCUAUGCUUCAAUGUAUCACUAACAUAGUGACUUUGAAACAGUUGUUGGAACCUUUAGUAAUUUGAUUACUGCUUGUUAACAAACACUUGAAUUUAUCAAAAUCAUUUUUACAGGAUAUGAAGCCCCCUAAAUCACUUUACAUAGAGGUAUGUUUAAAAAAAUCAUUGUGUAAGCAUCUGGAUAUAAUAUUAUGGCUUACCAAUUCACAGCAUUUUAUUGAUUUCUUUGCAAAUAUUUUGCCCUUUGGGUGCAAUCAUUUGUUGUCACCUGACAGGGUUGACUUUCAUUGCAUGGAUAGAACUUAUUCACCGCUCUUUAUUAUUAUUGAUUGGUCAUUUCGAUAUUGAUUUAGAAAACAACAAACAAAGCUGAAAAAUUAACUGGAAACAAAUUAUGUCAAAUAAGGCUGAGAAGGAAGUUUCGAAGUUACCCCUACACUUCAUUAUUAAUUUACUCCUGUCCACAGUGUGAAAGUAGGGACCUUAAGCAACGACAAUGACGACAACAACAACGUCAAAAAACAAUAAUAUAUUGGUUUUAUGAGCAAAACAACUGCUCUGCACAUAUGCAUCACACUUUUUAGCAGAUUUCUUUGACAUCCACACACGACUAUGACGUGCAACCUCCUAAUGCAACUUUUUAUGGAGGACACAGACAUACCAUGAACACUUUUCCCGUGUGUAUUUGAACAUGGAUAAAGCCCAUUGAGAAUUCAACGCCAGGAAGAGCUGCCUACAUUUGACGAAUUGAGCGGUUCCAAAUAGAUGCGAUAAAGUUUGAGAGGACACAAAUUCAUUUUUUUGUGAUAUUUUCACUGCCGUCAUUGUCAUUCUUGCUUAAGGUCCGUAGUGUGUAUGCUGAAUGGCAGCCGUUAGAAAGUGUUUACACAGUAUGUAUAAAGAUGUUUGCCUUCAAUAUUAUUUAUGCUGCCUUUCUGCAGUGCUGUGAUAUGUCAUUAGACACUUGUUUGACAUUAAAUCGAUUCAUGGCUCAUGUGUUGCAGUAGUAGUUCAAAGAUGUGCCAGUCGUUGAAGUUAAGAACGGAGGUCGUUACCUCAUGCAAUAAUAUUAUACUGUCUUGUGCUGAACAUUUAAAAGGUACGAUGUCUGGAAGACUACGGGGAAUUUGAAACAGAAGAUGGAACUGUCAUAUUACUGAAAAAGAAUAGUCAGGUGGGUGGCUGUAAAGGGUCCCAUCCUACAAAUAAUAAUAAUAAUAAUAAUGAUAAUGAUAAUAAGUAAUAAUAAUAACUGGUGCUACGUGACCUUCUAGGGUUUAUACACCUCUGUGAAGUUCUUAGCCAUUAACCAUCCCUGCAAGUGAUUGGUAGAACAAUAUAUCUCACCUGCUUAUACGUAAUUCUUGUUCUUGAUGAGCUCUAAGCAACAAAGUGGCAAAGGGACCGUCUUUUCCCAGAAACAUAUGACCACAUUACAUACAAAGAAUUCUUUCAGAUUACUCAUUGACGGAAGUAAAAUUGAAAGAAGUUGGAUCAAUUUUUUCUUACCUGAAAAAGUUCAUUUUUAGUUUCUCCUUUUUUCCAAUUCUUGCCCUAUUUUGUAUCUUUCUAUGACCAGAGGUAAGAAGUGUUUAAUACUUUGCCUAUAAUUCAUUGAUUGACCUAAAGGUUUCAACUUAUUUAAAUCACCUAUAGUUAUUGAUUGUACGAUAAUAAAUGUAGAGAAUAAGAAGAAUAAAAAGUUCUAGCUAAUGAAAAUGGUGUCUAAUUCUUUUGUUUUCAUUUGACGUAAUUAUCAUGUCAAAGUGAAAACUGGGAGUAAGAACAUUGUAGUUUAGUAGUUCAUGUCAUCUUUGAUCCCUGUUUAGUUUUGAGGACCCUGCUUAUGCCAUGGUUAACUCUCUUUUUUCAGCAUUUCCUGCCGAGGUCCCACUGCGAACAUUUAAUCAGACAAGGAAUCCUGGAACACAUCUUGUAGAGCAUAAAGUCAGCUGAUUUUCACUCUUUGUUGGAAAGCUAGAAUUAAUUUAUAAAGACAUUUUCUUGAACAACACUGUAAAUCGUUCUCUUUUAAAGAGCCUAGCUUCUAAACUAGAGUUUUGUACAGUAAACUUUCAAUCCAGAUCUAAAAUGGCAACCUUUGUUGAGUCAUGCUGAUACUGUGCGUCAGCACAGUUCCUAUGGUUAACUUGUGUGGGUGGUUGCCGAUAAGAAUAAGGUAGUCUACUUUGCAGCCGCUCGGGUGAGAGUCAGGCAAUGCCUCCAGAAUUGUGUGCUGGAAGCAUUGCAUGACUCCGGCCUGAGCAACUGUGGAGACUAGAAAAGGGGUCACACAUGGAGGUACUUGUCUGCAUUCUAAUUCAUUGAUCCUUUAGCAACGACAAUAAAGAGAAGAAAUAACCCUG